AUGUCACUACGACGCAAGUCGGGCGUCCCGGCCACACCUCGCGUCAUUUCGCCCAGUCCCACGCAGUCCGACAACGACGGCCACGAGUACUUGGGCCCCACGACGCGCUCGGCUGUCAAGAAGCGUCGCUCGACGCCCCAGCCGCUCGACGAACACGACCAAGAAGAGGAGCAUGGCGGCGCACCGGGGCUACGGAGGUCCCGCACGCGAAGUCGGUCUCCCAUCGACAGUCUGAAGCUGUCGCGCAUGACGCCCGGCAACUCAGGUCAGGUGUCCAAGGCGCCGACAUCCGACCGGAAGGGCGCAAACGGACAGGUUGCGGCUGUCAACGGCCAUCUGGCUCCUCCGGUGCCCCCAACGCCCACCGGCUGGUCGUGGCGCGAUUUCAGUCGCAGCCCUAGUCCUCUCGGGCUAAUUCCAAUCCACCGGCACUGGAGAACCUUUGUUCACAAGCACGAGGUUCCCCGCAAAGCCUUGCACGUGUCGAUCGGCUUCUUCGUCGUCUGGCUCUACACCAACGGCACGCAAACGAGCAUCGUGCCGCCGUAUCUCAUGGCCGCCCUGAUUCCCAUCGCCACGACCGACUGGCUGCGGCAUCGAUAUCAGUCUGUCAACAGGCUCUAUGUCAGGCUGCUCGGGGCGCUCAUGAGGGAAAGCGAGUUUUCUGGCUGGAACGGCGUCAUCUUCUACCUCCUUGGCGCGUGGAUUGUGCUCUACUUUUUCCCCAAGGACGUGGGGGUCAUGAGCGUCCUGCUCCUCAGUUGGUGUGACACCGCCGCGAGCACCUUUGGCCGCCUCUGGGGCCGAUACACCCCUAGGCUUCGCCGCGGCAAGUCUCUGGCCGGGUCUCUGGCCGCUUUUCUCGUGGGCGUGGCUACGUCCUACUUUUUCUACGGGUGGCUUGUCCCGACCAUCGGCGCCUGGAAGAAUGCCGUGGGCAUCUCGGACCACGUGGCCGACAUCAGCGGUCCCCUGGCCCUGGGGGUCGUGAGUGUGUGGUCCGGCUUCGUCGCAUCAGCCAGCGAGGUCAUGGACAUUUUCGGCUGGGAUGACAACCUGACAAUACCCGUCCUCAGUGGCCUUGGCAUCUGGGGCUUCCUCAAGCUAUUCGGCUAG